GAAGAUAACAAUUUAUGCGCAAUAAACUCAAAAGUUGAGCCAAAAACAAAUAAAAUUUUUGAUACUAGUAUAGCAAGAAAUUUGGUUCAUCAGCAGUUUCGAACCCGUAAUGCUAUAAGUAGUGAUGUCUUUCCAAACAUUUAUUCAAUCCUCAAAUGUCCAUUAUUGCUAAGAAAAUAUCCUAUACCGUUGAGUAUAGCUCUACUUCUUGUCCCUCAAAAA